AUGCCUUCAGGCUCCUGGUGCUGUGCCAAGAUAAUCUGUGGUAACGGCCACAACUACACUGUUAGAUAUGAUGGAUUUGAGGGUGCCUCUGAUAAGGCCGCUGUCGAGAGGGUACCCAGAAAUGCAAUUAGGCCUUGCCCUCCUCCACUGGAAGUGUCAGAAAAUUGGGUUCCUGGUGAUCUCGUUGAGGUUUUUGACAACUUUUCUUGGAAAAUGGCAACAAUUUCAAAGGUUUUAGGAAAGCAGUACUUUUUAGUCAGGCUACUUGGAUCCUCCCAAGAAUUUAAGGUCGGAAAAUUUGAAAUCCGAGUCAGACAGUUUUGGCAAGAUGACAACUGGGUUGUGAUUGGAAAGGGUUUGAACAAUUAUGAGUAUGGAAAGCGUGGUGAAACUUUAAAGUACAACCAAAGUUCUUGUCUCAAAGCUCAGAAGAAUGAAACGCACGUUGCCUUAUCUCAUAAUCUGAAGAGAAGAUCGCCCUACUUGUAUUCCCAAGAUGAAGCAUAUGAUGGAUCUGCUGAGAAGUUUAGAGCUGUUGAAAGAGAGGGCAAGCGUCUCCGAGUAAUUUCUGCUAAUUUAUGCACAUUUUCUGAACAGGUAGAUGUUGCGGUACCAAGACAUAUGCAGGGUGGAAAAGAAAUACGUGCUUCUCUUAACAACAGAGCAACUGUAUUUUCUGAUGUGGAUAUGGAAAGAAGGAAACCAAGUGGUGACGUUGGGUGUUUCUUUGCUGUUAACUUAAGGUUGAAUGAUGCUGAUAGUGUGACAUGCUCUGUUGGUAGUUGUAGUAUCGGUAGCAAUGAUUCCUAUAAGUCACCUCCUCCUGUUUCUGCUAGUUCUACUGAAGAUUUUGAUGAUCAGUUAUGUGAUGCUGAAUCUAUUUGUCAAUUGGGAUAUGAGGAAGGAAACUCUCUCCUUCCUGCAAAGGAAGAAUUGGCGGCUGAGAUCCAUAGGUUAGAGUUGCAUGCCUACCGUUGCACGAUAGGGGCAUUACAUGCGUCAGGACCUUUAAGUUGGGAACAAGAAGAAUUGGUGACCAAUCUUCGCCUUUCACUCCAUAUAUCAAAUGAUGAACAUUUAAUGGAGCUUAGAAACUUAGUGUCUGGAGAUAACAGCAUUCAUAUUAGAUGA